AUGAGCUUCGCGCAGAAGUUGUUGGACGGAAAGGUCUUCGGACGAGCUCUCCACGGAGGCCAGCGAGUCACCCGAAAGACUCUUAACUCUCUUGUCGGAAAGAACAACUUCGCCUGGCAGGAACUCCGACCCCCAAGCGCCUCCGAGCUCUCCUCUGGUCUCCAGAGCAUCCUCCGUGCUCCCACCAACCUUGCUUCCGGCAAGCUCAACAUCUCCGGAAUGACCACCACUGAAGCCGCUCAGUACUCGCUCGUCUUCUUCGAGAUCUACUGCUGGUUCAUCGUUGGCGAGUGCAUCGGCAAGGGCGGCAUCGUCGGCUACUGGGUCUAA